CUUGUUCCCGCCGCAAAGCGCAAAGCGCAAAGCGCGUAUGCAUGCUGCUACCAGGUGUGACAUACACAGUACAUAUCUGCGGCCGCUACGGAUCAGUUACGAGGGCAAUUCUUCCCGCUAGUACAUUUUGGGAUUUCCUGUCUACCAAAGGAAGCUCAAGCGCAUGUACUGCGUCUGCGUCCGAGCUACUUCAGCGAACAGCUGUGAUUUUUUGCUCACCUCCAGAACUCUAUAUUGAUAUGCACUGCCGCCCGUAAGAGCCCUUUAGCGAAUCUUGCCCAGGGCACCACAUUCAAGCACAUACACAGCCGCCAUGUCACUCCCAUACGCGCCACGAUUCGCCUACUACGACGGCAAAGUCCAGCCAGGCAGCUCGACAUCGUCCUUCCAGACCAUUGAUCCCGCAACAGCAGAGCCCAUUGCAAACAUACACUCCACCACACAGCCUGCCAUCGACGCUGCGAUAGCCUCGGCACAGAAAGCUUUCCCGGCAUGGUCAGCAACGCCUGCGAUUGAACGCGCACGUAUCCUCCAACGAGCCGCCGCUCUCCUACGCGCACGCAAUGAUGACCUCGCACGAAUCGAGACACGCGAUACGGGCAAACCCUUCUCCGAGACAUCCACGGUCGACGUAGUCACGGGCGCCGAUGUGCUUGAAUACUUUGCGAAUCUUGUAGGCGGUGGUGGCAUGAAUGGCGAGACGGCCCAACUGCGGCCAGAUGCUUGGGUCUACACAACGAAGAACUCGCUGGGCGUAUGUGCAGGUAUCGGCGCGUGGAACUACCCUAUCCAGAUCGCGCUCUGGAAGUCGGCACCUUGCUUGGCGGCGGGCAACUGUAUGGUCUACAAACCGUCCGAGUUCACGCCACUACAUUCCACCGAGCUGGCCAAAAUUUAUGCCGAAGCUGGCGUGCCGGCGGGCGUCUUCAACGUGGUCCAAGGAGGAGGCGAGGUUGGCGCCUAUCUCACCAAACACCCGGGCAUUGCAAAGGUGAGCUUCACGGGACAAGUCUCAACAGGCCAGAAGGUGGCGGGAAGUGCAGCUGGAGAGAUGAAGUAUGUGACCAUGGAGCUUGGUGGCAAGUCGGCAUGCGUCAUUCUUCCUGAUGCCGAUCUCGAACAGGCAGUCGACGGCGCAAUGAUGGCCAACUUCUUCUCGACUGGCCAAGUCUGCACCAAUGGAACGCGCGUCUUCAUACCCGAGAGCAUGAAGCAAGACUUCGAGAAGCGCUUGUUAGAGAAGAUACAAUACAUUCGCGCCGGCGACGUCCUCGACUCAAAUACCAACUUUGGGCCCUUGGUCUCGAAACCGCACUACGACAAGGUCAUUUCCUACAUCAGGCACGGCGCCGAGAAGGACAAGGCGAAACUCCUAUGCGGCGGAACCGACAAGCCUUCGUGGCUCGCUUCACACUACGAUAAAUCGUACAACAACGGCUACUGGGUUCAGCCCACUGUCUUCACAAACUGCACCGACGACAUGAAAAUUGUCCAGGAGGAGAUCUUCGGCCCCGUCAUGUCGAUACUGACAUACAAGACUAUUGACGAAGUUCUACGGCGCGCGAACGCUACCAAGAUGGGACUUGCCGCUGGUGUUUUCACCAGUAACCUGAACUUGGCGCACAAGGUUAUCGCACAGCUGGAAGCUGGUAUCACGUGGGUGAAUACAUGGGGCGAGAGUCCUGCAGAGAUGAGCGUAGGUGGCUGGAAGAUGAGCGGUGUUGGUGUAGAGAAUGGAAAGAAGGGUUUGGAGGCAUGGGUGAAGAACAAGAGCACGCUGGUAGAGAUGGGUGGCGCUGUGCCGACCGUGUUUGCAAAACUGUAA